AUGGAGAAUCAAUGCUCUGAUAUGAUAUCAUCAGAUCCAGCAGUUGAAAUUAAAAUAUUUAAACCAUUUGAUAAAGUCGAGGAGCUGCUUCGAAAAAGGCGAAAUAGUCAGAAGAAGCGAUAUCUGCAACUAAUGCGUUGGAGACAAGAAUUGAAAUCAGGAAAUGCACUUGUUGAGCAUUAUGUGCGUACUGAUUACAAAUUAAUUGAAGCAAAAGCUCAAUUAGAUUUAUUGAAUGAAUUAGUUGAUGCAUUUUAUGAUGAUAUGAUAAAAUUGAAGGAAGUGAUAGUGGAACAAAGAGAGAAUGAUCAGAAAGAAUUUACAAAAAGAAUGGUGGAUAUUUUACAGUACAAAGAGAUUGUCAAAUGGUUACAACAACCAAAAAUACGAGAAGCAUUUUGUGAUGGAACUAAUAAAGCUAAGGUAUUGAAUAAGGAAGAAAUGACACUUUUGAAAUCAUUACGUGAAAUGAUUAAUCCAAGAAUAAGUUCGUAUAAUUAUGAAAAAAUUUGGAAACGUGUACUACGUGAUGCUGCUAAAUUAGGAAUGAAAUUAGACAGUGAUGAAGAUGAAAGAGCUAUUGGUAUAAUUAUUAAUUUGAAUUUAUUAAAGUGA